AUGAAGGCCAAGUCCCACCUUGGACGAAGGAGAAGAAAGACUCCCGUUUCAACAAAAGCUUCUUAUAUAGUUUACCCGUCAAACGUCGUCGUUGGAGUGAAGAGAGGACCAUUGAAAUCACCUUUUAAACCCUUACACUCAUCUCACUAUAAUGUGUCACCGGCGUUUAAAAAAUCAAAACAGUCCUCAUCUCCCUACUUUUCUCCGUUGAUUUCUUCACGGCUGUCGCCAAUAUGUAAAUCACCCUACACAUUCAAGAGCCCACGCAGCAAAAAGCUCAAGUCAAAAUCAUCCCGAUCGCUAUUUGGCGACUGUAUACCAGAGACGGAUGGAGGGCUAAUUGAAAAAAACAUCGAAAAAAACGAAGAAAAGGAAAAUGAGACCAUUGAGGAAAAGGUAAUCGAACUUGUCCCAGAUGUCUUACAAGAACUGUCCAAACACGAUGGACUCGAUGUUUCACUUUAUCAAUUUUUUCGCCAAAUAAAGGAGAAACGAUUUCCAAUUGACAACAUCGCUUUUCGGCUGUGGAUUGAAGUUGUUAGAUGGUUUGACUGUAACACAACUACAGCAAUGAGAUACUCAACUGAAACAAAGACAUUUUGGAAACUUGGUUGGAGAUUAUUUGGCGGCAAAUUUGUUCACUUUAUGACAGGUUAUAAAAGUCACGGAGAUACUGUCAUGAAGCGUUCCAACCCUGGUAACUACUCCCCAAAUUCAUCGGAGGUCAACUUUGUGGUGCCAGAUCUAAACGUUCUUCGUUCAUUUGAUCCAUAUCAAGUGCAAGGAGAAAGGAAACCUGGAAUUUUUGAAGACAUGAUCGCUUCGAUAAGUAAAAAUCUUCAGAAGAAGUCAGCGUGCCUAACGUUCGACGGGAAAAAGAUCAAACAAGGUAUCAAGGGCGAACACGGCGAUGUCAAUCUGAUUGGAUUUGAAAAAGGGGAGACAUUGGAGGCAAAACAGAUGUCGAUGCAAAAGAAAAUCGUUGAAAUUGAUGAACUUAUAAAACAACUCGAAAACGAGGGAAAUGUCGACGAUAUACCGCAAGGAUGCCAACAAUAUGUCAAAUCAACACUACUUGCUUACCUUAAAACAUUAACCGAAAACAUAUUCUCCAUAAGAGAGAUUAGAACAAAAAAAGAGUACUGUAAGACUAAACUAAUUGAACGAGGUGGGGAAACAGAGUGGAGAAAGGGGAAGUAUGUCUACGCUAUUAGUGCCAUAAUAGCGUUCAUUCACGACAUCAACGUUUUCCUUGAUCACGCUACCAAGACGACCGAUGCGAUCUGCAAUGCCAUCGCAAUUCUAAAUGGAGCUAGGUAUGUGGUUGGCCGAAGCAUCAACUUAGACAGCAAUGUCUUAUAUGCAAGUAUUACAAAACAGCAAGAAAUAAUGACUGACGCGCAUCCUAAUGAACCUCGGCUGAUAAAGCAGCGAUCAACAGAUUGGUUUGACCUUAGAAAGACAGCAAAAGUCACUGGAAGUACGCUUUAUCGAGCAACAGGCUGUGAUGGCAUAGGGAAACUGAGAGACCACUUCGAGAAUGUGAUCUGUGGUAUUGAGGAGAAGGAACCGUCUAGUGAGGCAAAGAUGGCAAUGGAGCACGGGACAGCAAAUGAAGUAAACGGGAUAGCAACUGUUGUUGGAACGGUUGUGCCCGUUUUAUAUCCGGGACUGAUAUUUUGUGAAGAGGGUUGUGCAGAGAUACGGACAAAUGACGGCAAACCAUUUAUGGUUGUUUCCCCAGAUGGAAGUCUUCGGGGUGGUUUGACAUUGGAAUCCACGAAGGUUGCAGUCGAAGUAAAAUGUCCUGUUUACAAAAUUCACAACAUAUUUCCACCGCGAUAUCUUCUUCAGUGCCUAGCAGAAAUUGAAGUUCUUGACGUUGAUUAUCUAUUGUAUGUUAGCUGGACAAAAGACGAAACAGUUAUCUUCCAAGUAAACAGAGAUCAACAACUUUUCUUGGAGUCGUUGGCGGUUGCCCUGGGAGUUUACGGUGAUGAAAAACCAAGAAAGCCCACUAAACUAUCUGACGACCAAAAGCGAUUAAGAGCUCAAAUCGUAUCCAAAAGUGAGCAAAUAGAACUUAUUGGGCGGUUUCCCUCCUUAUUUGCCACCAACGAUCCAGAACAAUACUGUGAAGACAUACUUUCUACCAACGGACUGUUAGAACUUUUAAACACUAUCAAAGAACUGACUGAAAGACAUUAUGAACUAAAACGUGAGCGGGCAACUGAGGCCGUCGUAUUUCUUGUUGCUGAUCUUGAUAGAAGCUGGGCUAAGGAUCAGAUCCGAAGUGCUCCUGUAAGUUGGUUCACAAAGGGAUACAGUCUGACAACAGAGACGAUGCGACAGAUAGCCGAAGAAGUGCACACAUAGUGCCACGUAAAUGGUAUUCACAUUCCCUGUGAAUCAUUCGACGGUCAAUGGCAUGGUAUCGUCAACAGAACCAUAGAUGGGAAGCCAUUGACGUCUUUCCAGCUUCAAAAAGAUGUUUGGAAACAGGUAGAACAAAUGAAAAAGUCGGCUAUAGUUACGGAAUUGAAACAGCUGAAUACUGAAGUUCACUAUGAGUAUGUCGAAGUGGAAGCAACUGAUGGAACAGGAAAGCGUAGAAAACUACAUGCCACGAAUAAUGGGUGUAGAUUACCGGUAUAUCAUCACAAACGCCAGCUUCAUGACAAACAGGCAGACCACGAUGUUUCUUCUACUUCUACGACGCUUACGGACGUAUUACCUGAAGAGGUAAAGAUACUCACUUCCGUAAAUGAUGACGUAUUGGAAAUGACAGUUGUUGACAAGGACUUUGAAAUAGAGGCCUUCUUGGGAAAUGUUUGCUAUACGACAUGGGCAGAAGAGCUUUCCUCGUGUCAGAAUGAAGUGCAUGAGUUAAAAUCUGUAGUUGAUCUAGACACUAGCCCAGAAAUAACGAUAAACAACAGCAACGCGAAAUCGGAUGGCAUUGUUGACCAAAACACCAAUCGUAGCGUGCAUGUAGAUGUGGAAGAUAUGGUAUGCUUACUCUCUUUAUUUAAAACGACUAAAGACUGCAAUAAAAAGGGUAAAUGGGAUAAUACAUCUCCAGAGAAGCUCCUCGAAAACUUCAAGUCGGCUGAAAAGCUUAAUCUUCUACUUGAUGUAGAGCUGCGAGCGGUUGUGCGAUAUCUCAAGAAGAAAAAAGGAGUGUCCAUGAAGGAAUCGAUCCCGAAAAAACAGAAAAUCCGGCAAGUUGCAGAGUUCUUAGCUUUGGAUCAACCGGAAACUACGAUCUCUUCACGAAAAGUCCGUCAGAAGCAAGUAAAAUCUCUAAAAGAGCUAUCGGUAAACAUCGUCAUGAAGAAAAUAUCAAAGCAGGCGCUAAAUGAAUCGUAUGCAGAAUACAUAUGGCCCUGUCAUUUUGAAGAUUGGAAUUCCCACAUGCUGAACAUUACGAUAGAUGGAGAAGAGUACGACUGGUUCUAUCACCCUGAGUACAGCCACAAGCGCAGGCAAUUUGAAGUUCGCUGUAUCGACUCCACACAUCUCCUGACUCGGACAAGAAGAAAGAUUUGCAAAGGUGGAAUAGAAGGAAUGACAAAUGAAAGUUGGAUGAAGGUUGCGAAAUCCCGGCAAACACUACUAACACAAAUAAUGGUGGAAGAAGUUACUGAUCCAAUGUCAGUUUCUAUGGCACAGACACAUUUCGACGAGUCGGUAGAAAACUGCAUGCGAUCAAAUGGUGAUACCAAAAGCGCAGAUCUUUGCCGAGACGUGCGACAAUGGUGGCAUUCAGAGGACAGUCCUGGAUUACCAGCCAAGGAAAGAUUACAACUCAGACAGAAAUUAAGAAAUCGUCUAAUUGGCUAUGUAAAUUUCUCAAGCUUUCCUCCGGCAACAGCAUAUAUUGGAGGGUGGCCUUCACAGCUAUGGGAAGCUCUGAUUUCCAGCAUCGACGCCAAGGCUCUGCUUUAUUCUUUGUGCCACGAAGGAACCUAUAAUGUCCGCGCGUUCAGUAGCAUGAUUGGAGAAACGUUUUUUGCUGAGGUGACAAUGAAUGACAAAAGAGGCCAUGGAACUGUUUCCUGCCAGGAAUUUGGACAGUAUAUUGGCAACGCAGUGGAACAAGUACAGAUUAGAAUGGACCCAGAAAGGUCAUUUUCAUAUUGCACCAAGCGGUCUACUGUAUAUAAUCCAGUUGAGGAGACUGAAUGUGUCAACGAAACCAACGACGUAUGUAGGAUAUGUGAAGGAGAAAUGGGGAGUCUUCCACCUACAAUACUAACCAAGAAUCAUCCGUUUGACAGCACACAGAGGAAACGUCUUUCCGGGAGGAAAAAGUAUGGGACAGUAUCGACGGACAGAAAUUCAUUACAGAAGGGGUCACUUGGAGUAAGAUGGGAUCACGCACGGUGUAAUGAAUCUAGGAUGUUGUUAUCUAAGAAGAUGGGUAUUGAGGACAACUGAAUCUUUACAUAUAUAACAGACAACAUUGUGUUAUGUAAAGAUUUUAUUAUGCUUUCUUGGCAUAGGAAUACUCACAAAUAAAAAGAAGCACAACAUUAUAUAACAAAAUAGUAAAAACCAAACAGACUACAUGUAUUGGUAAAAUAAAAGAUUGAUCACAGAAUUGGAAAUCAUAAGUAAUAAUAUAAUCAUA